GUGAAGCAUGCCCUCGCACGGAGCCGGCCUCGCUAUGGGCGUGGAGGAGACAUCCUCGCACCCGGAUGUGGUGGAGUGGUGCUCGCUGCCCGGGGAGGAGCUGCGAUUGGCAUGGGGCCUGUACGAGCACCAUGAGACCAGCGAUGAGCGAUCUGGGGCUCUAGUCAUCGCUUGCGUGGAUCAGAGCGAGGGCUUGCGGCUGCGGCACCAUGCGACAGUGGAAAGCCCAGGGGUCUAUGACCUCGCCUGGCGCCCCCGAAGCUUCGUGGGUGAAACCGGCGCGGCCCUGGCGGCCUGCUGCGCGGACGGGGGCCUGCGGUUGCACGGACUCUCUGGAGAGCUGCUGCAGCGCUGCCAACUCAGCGAGCAGAUCCUGACGCACCUCUGCUGGAGCGGGACGCGCCUGGCAGCGGUUGGCCAGGAUGGCCGGGCCCAUGUGCUGGACCUGGGUGAGUCGGCGAAAGUGGUGGCCUGCCGACAGCAGCACGAGCUGGAGGCUUGGUGCGUGGAACUUGCCGAGUCACUGGUGCUGACUGGUGCCGACGACAGCUACCUGGUGGCUUGGGAUCCGCGGUCGCCAGAGCCUGCCUGGCGCAACCGCAGCCACGAGGCAGGGGUCACUGCGCUGGCGCUGAACCCCCACGACGGCAGCGAGCUGCUCACCGGGAGCUACGACGAGCGCCUGAGGCUCUUCGACCUGCGGCAGAUGAAAUCGCCGCUGGCCAGCAGCGAGCGCUUGGGGGACGGUGCCUAUCAGCUGAGUUGGCACCCGUUUUGCCCUGGCCUGGUGGCUGUGGCAGCAAUGCGCCGGGGCUUCCCCAUCUUCUGGGUGCGGGGCGGCUUCGAGAAGGCUGACGCCUACUGCGAAGAUGCGGAGGAGGGCUGCCAUGGCUCGCUGGGUUAUGGCAUCAGCUGGCAGUUCAGCGAGAGUCGGCCCUACAUGGCAGCCAGCGCCUCCUUCUACGACAACAGUGUGCACCUUUGGACGGCUCAAAUCGCGUGAAACGAGU